CAUGCAAGAAACGUCAACAUUUUGCUGUCUCUAUUGGGAAUAUCGAAUUUGAAUUUACUCUAUUUUUAUUUACUUUACCUUAAUAGCAGGUACAAAUACAAACCUAUUAUACAGGUAAAUUAACGUAAAUUCAAUUCUAUUGGUAUACAUACCCAACAAAAGUUAAGAUAUUAAGAUACAUGGAAAAAGCUGACUAAAGAAAAAUGAUUGAGCUUUCAGCCAAGUUAACAACUGGCACAGUUUACUUAGCUGGAGAAGCCCUAGAGUGUUGUAUCACAUUUUGUCACACAACACAACCAGAACACAGAAAUUCCCAAAGCCACAGUGAUAUUUUGGAGAACUUAGCAUGGGGUUCGGCACAGAUUCACUGUUUUUAUUCCACUUCUGGGGUCACAGCUGAAAAAACACCUACUGUUGAGAAGACUACAUCAUUGGAAGUGACUUCAUGUGACAUUGGUGACGUGAUAUUUCAUACCAAGCCAAAGAUAUUAUUCUGCGACUUGACUAUUCCCCUUGGAGAGACUAAGACAUUUUGGUACAGAGAAUCAUUACCGAUUGAAGCACCACCAUCUUACCGCGGCACAUCAGUGAAAUACUCCUACAAAGUCACGAUUGCCACUCAAAAAGUGGGCUCUCACAUCAAAAUGGUCCGAAUACCGUUCCGAGUGCUGCCGAUUAGUCCAAUAAUGAACAUGCAAGACCUCGCUGCACUGUGUGGGAAUGAGACGACUGAGGAGCUGCAGCCAACAAACCCAUUCUCUGAAGAGAGGAAAGUAGAGACUCCACUGACUAUGGCUUUGCAAGUUUUACAGAAUCUCACAGCCCGGAGAAGUCCUAAUUCAUACAUGAUAACCAACUCAAGAGGUAAAGUGGGAAGAUUCUGUCUGUUCAAGUCGGCUUACAAAUUGGGUGAAGAUAUUGUUGGGACUUUUGAUUUCUCGGUUGGAACUGUUACUUGUAUGCAGGUAUCAGUGUCUCUACAACCCGAAGAAAUAGUAAAAUCGUCACCAGCUAAAGCCAAUAACAAUAAAGAUACCAGCAGCAGAUCAAUGACUGUGGCAAGGUAUCAUGAGGUCACCUUAGGGCUCACUCAUUCCGAGUUAAUACUACCCAUUCCAUUGCACAUUACUCCUGCUUUUGAAGUGGAUGAAGUAACACUAAAAUGGCGUCUUCACUUCGAGUUCGUGACUACAAAUGAAAAACUACUUCCCAACCCUGAAGACAAGGACUGGAACGCACCCUUAAAUGUCCCCAUUGAAACUAUGGUGUGGAAUCUUCCUGUCAAAAUAUAUUCUACUUUGCCUAAACAGAUCACACAGCAUGUGGUGGGCAAUGAUGCUUACACAAUGUACAUAAAAUAAUCAUUAAUCAAAUAUAAUAUGAAACAAGAGUACAGUGGCCUGAUUCACCACAGUGACAAAUGUCUUCACCAUUCAUUGUUGGUCAACAAGGAAAUAGCGAUGUAUUGCGCUUCCAAUUUUAUCACAUCUAUGUGGAUAAAGUAUCCUCACGCUUUGGCAAGUAUGUCAGUGUGAGAGUGACAGACGUCUUAUCCAUGUGGAUAAGUGAUAAUAAUGGAAGCAUAAUACGCCAGCAGGAAUAAGCAAGGAAUUAUCAGUGUCAAGUGCCAAUGUCACUAUGGUGAAAUAGCCCACAGGUAGUGCUAAUACAAAAUUCCAUUUGUUUUAAAAGUUAAAUAUUCAUUUUUAUAAACAUAAAUAUAAUUGUACAUAUUGAAUGGUGGCUUUCAACCCCUUAUUUGCCAAGAGUGACACUGAAGCUUUAGUAGUUUCAUGUGUUCUGCCUA